AUGGGUUCUUCAUUUCUUUCUCGUAUGCCGAAUUUAAAAUUUCUUCGAGUAUCAUUACUUGACUCGACUCAAAAUCCUUUACAAUCAGUAUCAUGUCGAAUUACUCAUCUAGUUCUACUACUUCGUUCAGAUUGUUCCAUAUCAGAACUCCGAGUAUUUUUUGCUACUUGUUGUUCAUAUAUAGAAAAUUUAAUUGUUCAACCAUAUAUUACGAAUAAUGGUCGAUCAACAUUGAUGGUAAGUAAGCACGAAUGGACAAACAUUCUUCCAUCUCGAGUUACUUGGUUUUAUUUGAAAACAAAAAAUGCAUAUCAUCAUAAGUUAUCUAAUGUGCAUCUAAAUUCAAAAUUAUAUGAUCAGAUUAGAUUAAUGCAUAAUGAACAAGAUGGUCAUCAUUGUCAAGUAAUUAUUGAAGAACCAUUUUCACGUAUAUGGUAA